AUGAAAGUUACUGAAAAAUUAGAAGCAAGCCACAAGUCAUCUUCAAAGACUACAUUUUCCUUUGAAUAUUUCGUCCCAAAGACCUCUCAAGGUGUCCAAAACCUUUAUGAUAGAAUGGACAGAAUGUAUGAGGCCUCAUUACCUCAAUUCAUUGAUAUCACAUGGAACGCAGGUGGUGGUAGACUAUCUCAAUUAUCAACAGAUUUAAUCUCGACGGCGCAAUCCGUAUUGGGACUGGAAACUUGUAUGCAUUUAACAUGUACAAAUAUGCCUAUUGAGGAAAUAGAUAGCGCAUUAAAGAAAGCCUAUGAUUCAGGUUGUCAAAAUAUCCUGGCAUUAAGAGGUGAUCCUCCAAUUAAUUCUAAUAAAUGGGAAGCUUGUGAAGGUGGGUUCAAUUACGCUAAGGAUUUAAUUAAAUAUAUUAGAUUGAAAUAUGGUGAUUAUUUUGACAUCGGUGUCGCAGGUUAUCCUGAAGGUCAUCCUGAAGAAAAGGAUAUUGAAUUGAAUUUCAAGUAUUUGAAAGAGAAAAUUGAUGCUGGUGGGAAUUUUAUCAUCACUCAAAUGUUUUAUGAUGUCGAUAACUUCAUCGAUUGGUGUGAUAAAGUUAGAGCAUACGGAAUUGAUGUACCAAUCAUUCCAGGUAUUAUGCCCAUUACUACUUAUGGUGCCUUCUUAAGAAGAGCUCAAUGGGGAGAAAUCAACAUUCCACAAGAUUUCCUUGAUAAAUUGGAUCCAAUCAAAGAUGAUGACGAAUUGGUUCGUGAAAUGGGGACAGAAUUGAUCGUAGGUAUGUGCCAAAAAUUAAUUGAUAGUGGUCAUGUUAAACAUUUACAUAUUUAUACUAUGAAUUUAGAGAAGGCACCAUUAAUGAUCCUUGAUAAAUUAGGUUUAUUACCAACCGAAGGUGAAUAUAAUGGGGCACAAGAAGCAAUGUUACCAUGGAGAAAAUCAUUGAACCCUAAGCGUAAAAACGAAGAAGUGAGGCCAAUCUUUUGGCAAAGAAGACCUUAUUCGUAUGUGGCAAGGACUUCGCAAUGGGCUGUUGACGAAUUCCCUAACGGUAGAUUUGGUGAUUCGUCGUCACCAGCUUUCGGUGAUUUAGAUUUAUUUGGCGCUCCAUUAAUUAGACAAUCAAGUAAGAAAUCAUUAGAAUUAUGGUCCACUCCGACAAACCUGAAUGAAAUCGCUAAUUUGGUCAUCAAUUAUUUAAACGGUUCUUUAAAAUGCUUACCUUGGAGUGAUACCCCAUUAAAUCAUGAAGUUGAUUCUAUUAUGAGUAAUUUAAUUGCAUUAAACAGGAAACUAAUCAUUACAAUUAAUUCUCAACCAGUUCUAAACGGCAUUAGAUCAAAUGAUCCAAUUCAUGGUUGGGGACCUAAAGACGGUUACGUUUAUCAAAAGCAAUAUUUGGAAUUCCUGUUACCAAAGGAAAAAUUACCUGUCCUGGAAAAGAAACUAGCUGGUAAUGAGAUAUUGACUUAUUUUGCUGCCAAUUCCGAAGGUGAUUUACAAUCCAAUCAUCCAGACGGUUCCAAAGCCAACGCAGUCACAUGGGGUAUUUUCCCUGGUAGAGAAGUUUUACAACCAACUAUAGUCGAAAAAGUUUCAUUCUUAGCUUGGAAAGAAGAAUUUUAUCGUAUUCUAGAAGAAUGGAAAUUAAAUUUCGAAGAGAAUGAUAAGGUCGCCAGUAGGGACUUCUUACAAAGUUUAAUUGACAAUUAUGUUCUUGUUAAUAUUGUGGAUAAUGACUUUAUUUCCAAGGAAGAUAGCAUUUUCUCUCUAUUGAUGAGUUUGUGA